GUCCCAUGAGCAUGCGCACUCGGUGUAAACAGGAAGAACCGACUGAAACAGGGCAAAUCUAUCUACGAUAAAGAGGAGAAAAUGAUCGGACAAAAACAAACGGACGUCUUGUUUUUCCGGAUAUAUUAACCAACAUAAAAUUUGUACUGUAUCACCUGAUAGUAAUUUCGAUUACAUCUCGUAGAAGCAGUAGCUAUUUUUUCGACAAUUUUGAUAGACUCGCUAAUACCGUAAGAUAGCUAACGUUAUCGUUAGACAGACGGUGACGCGAUUUAUUGACUCCAGGUUUUGCUUGGCGAAUUUGUCUGCUAGACUACAUUUAAAAAUAACUCGGUGCUCUCUGAAUUCAUCAGAAUUUGGUAACUUUCCACCGAGUGAAAUCUCUAACAAUGGUUCAAAAAGAUAAGACGCUGGAGACGCCUCCAGUGGACGGUGAGCCGAGCCCCAGCCCAGUCUCCGGAGAGGCUUGUGCCGAGGCCCCUGUCCCGGUGGAAGAGUCCAGCAUUGCAGUCGAAGCGACGGGCCACAGAAAAUUCAUAAGUGGAGUCGUGGAAGGCUUUUAUGGUCGACCAUGGACAAUGGAGCAGAGGAAAGAGUUGUUCAGAAGGCAGCAAAAAUGGGGACUGAAUACAUACCUUUAUGCACCCAAAGAUGACUACAAACACAGAAUGUUCUGGAGAGAGCUGUACUCAGUGGAAGAAGCAGAGCAACUCAUGACUUUAAUUGGUGCUGCUAAAGAGCAUGGGAUAGAGUUCAUAUAUGCCAUUUCCCCUGGACUGGACAUCACCUUCUCCAAUCAGAAAGAGGUUUCUGCACUCAAGAGGAAACUUGAUCAGGUUUCUCACUUUGGCUGCAAGUCAUUUGCCUUACUUUUUGACGAUAUUGACCACAACAUGUGCCCUGCUGACAAAGAGGUGUUCAGCUCAUUUGCGCAUGCUCAGGUUUCCAUUACCAACGAAAUCUACCAGUACCUGGGAGAGCCCGAAACCUUCCUCUUCUGUCCCACAGAGUACUGUGGAACAUUCUGCUACCCAAAUGUCCCUCAGUCCCCCUACCUCCACACAGUAGGAGAGAAGCUACUGCCUGACAUUGACGUGCUAUGGACAGGCCCUAAGGUGGUGUCCAAAGAUAUCACAGUGGAAUCUAUUGAGGAGGUGUCAAAAAUCCUAAGAAGAGCCCCAGUGAUCUGGGACAACAUUCACGCCAAUGAUUAUGACCAGAAAAGGCUUUUCUUGGGUCCAUACAAAGGCCGCUCUACAGAGCUCAUCCCCAGGCUGAAGGGAGUCCUCACCAACCCUAACUGCGAGUUUGAGUCCAACUUUGUAGCGAUCCACACUCUGGCCACCUGGUACAAGUCUAAUAUGAAUGGGGUGCGCAAGGAUGUGGUCAUGACGGAUGGUGAGGACAGCACAGUGUCCAUCCAAAUCAAGUUAGAGAAUGAGGGCAGUGAUGAAGAACUGGAGACAGACAUGCUCUACAGCCCACAGCUUGCUCUGAAACUGGCUCUCACAGAAUGGCUAGGGGAAUUUUGUGUUCCUCAUCAAUACAACAGCCGACAGGUGCCUCAGAGUGGUGCCAAAAGCACAGCCAUUGACGUGUCAUCCAUGGCUGCUCCCUCUCUGUGCUCUUCCACAACAGUCACAACUGUGUUCCAGCAGCCCAUCAUGUCUCCAGCCAUGCCACCUCUCUGUCUGGAUCCACUCUCACACCCCAUGGCAAAAAGACCUCAGGAGGUAGAGGAGGUGGAGGUGGAAAAGAAGGAUUCAGAUGAGGAGCCCAUGGAGAUGGUGGUUGAGAAGAUGGUAGAUGAGCCUGAGCCAGAAGCAGAAGCUGACCCAGAAGAGAAACAUGUUAGUCCUAUCUUAGCUGACAAGAUGGCUGAGGACCUGAAACCCAUGGAUACAGACAAGGAGAGUCUGGCAGAGUCAAAGUCCCCUGAAGAGUCUAUCCAGGAGGACUCUGGGAGCGAUAUCGCCCCUAUGCAAACAGAUGAUCAGCUCAAACAGGUGCUGCAAACAUUCGAAGUGUUUGUGCCGGGGCCCAACGAAAAGCCCCUGUUCACAGCAGAGCCCCUCACAAUUGAGGACCUGAGUUUGCUGGCAGAGCUCUUCUACCUGCCUUAUGAACAUGGAAACAAGGCUGUGCAGAUGUUAAAGGAGUUCAACUGGCUAAGAGCUAACAGCAGCGUCGUCAGUGUCAACUGCAAGAGAAAGGAAACUGAAAAGGUAGCAGAAUGGCAAUUAAGGGCAGAGAAGUUUGAGGAGAUGUGCUGCUCAGUCAUCCAGAUGUUCACGCGGCUGUCCAAUUCAGCCAACCGCACCAUCCUAUACGACCUCUACUCUUACAUCUGGGACAUCAAGAGCAUCAUUUCUAUGGUCAAGUCUUUUGUCCAGUGGCUAGAUGGAAGAAUCCACAGUACAAGUUUCUACUGCUAUUGGAUCGACAGUGGCCGAUGGUGUCGUAGUCAGUCCUCAGCACAAUUCCUUAGAGGAGACCAAGAGCCCUGGGCCUUUAGGGGAGGUCUAGCAGGAGAGUUCCAGAGAUUGUUGCCAAUCGAAGGGGCAAACGAUCUUUUCUACCAACCUCCACCUUCAAUGCCAACCUCCAAACUCUAUUCCAUAAGGCCGUACUUUCCCAAAGAUGAGGCUGCAGUUUAUAAAAUCUGUAAAGAAAUGUACUGUGAAGGAAUGGAAGAUGUACCUUUCAGUGAUGAGGAUUCUGACCUCAUAGGAGACAGGUUAGUAGGAGGUCUCCUGACACUGAGUUCAGAGUAUGGAUUUGUGCUAGAGGAUGAUGAAGGGAUCUGCGGUUAUGCUCUUGGUACCGUUGAUGUCGAGCCCUUCAUCAAGAAAUGCAAGUUGAGCUGGAUUCCCUUCAUGCAAGAGAAAUACCACAAACCUGACUGUCAGAAGGACCUCACAGAGGCUGAGAAGAUGAUGCUGAGUUUCCAUGAAGAGGAGGAGGGUCUUCCAGACUCUUUCCACUCCAACUUUCCCUCUCUCAUCAAGGUUGACAUUCACGCCAAGGUCACUGACCCAAGUGUGGCAAAAAGCAUGAUGGGAUGUCUUCUAUCUUCUCUUAAGGCCAAUGGGUCCCAUGGUGCAUUCUGUAAGGUUCGUCAGACUGAUAAGAGAAUGUUGGACUUCUAUAGUAAGCUGGGAUGCUUUGAAGUGGCCAAAAUGGAGGGCUUCCCCAAAGAUGUCAUCAUUAUGGGGCGCAGCCUAUGAAGAAAUGUCUUGCUACAAUAACAGGCGGAGAGAGAGCAAGUCAACGUGGCUUGAACAUGUUUGCUACCUUCAUGAGAAAAACUUCCAUGAUGAUUUUAUACUACAUUACCAUCUGGGCUAGCCCCGGGAAACCUCUUUUUAGGAUUUGUGUACAGAAGCACAGCAGUCGCACACACAGAUUCCUUGUGCUGCCCUUAGAUGUUACGGCUCUGUUUGAGUCAGCAGAUCAGAAGCUAAAAAGCCGAGGAGUGAUCUGUAGUCAGCUGAUUUGAGCCAACAUGGAAGAGUGGCACUCCAGCAUUGAUUUCUGGGGUUCCACUACUCGUAUACCUCCAGGAGGCAGGAAGUGAUAACUCCUUUAAGCCUUUUUCUGAUUUAAUCCAGUAGCCAUUACAUGGAUAUCGCCUGCAUGCCCUAACGCAAAGUGUCUGUAUCUGAAAUGGAGGCAGAGCUGUAAAACGAGGGCGGCCUGUGUCUCAGGUAGAGUCUUACUAUCCCUAUGUCCUGCUUUCCCAGCUUUAACUUAGAGAUAUAGCUGUUGGCAGAAGUAGGACACCUUCAUACAGGAUGUGAGGUGCUAUGUUAGAGUUUGCCUUCCAUCAGCACAUCAUGGUAUUUCCAGUUGCUCCACAGUAGACUAGGAGAAAGAAGCCUUUUAAGUGGCUUUUUUCUAACAAAAAGUGAUGUGCAUAUGAACACAUGAAGGUUGGAAAAUGUGUACCUUUUCUUGUAAAACCCUUAAUAAAAGAUCUUCACAGACCAGCAAAGGGAAAGUAUUUGUUGAGACUGUAGAAGACUCAACCAGGAGGUCCUCUGAAUUUCCAUUCAAGUAAUAGUAGACAUUUGGAAAGCAAUAGAAAAGCUUCCAAUUUUACAAACAUGGUUCUCAGCCAAUUUCUGUUCAGUGCUUUGCUUGUGGCCAUUUUUUUCUUUUUAAUCUGCUGUUUUUUGCUUAUUUCCCCUUGAAGCUAUUGCCUUUUGGUUCAUUGCCUUUGUAUUUUAGGUUUAUAUUGCAGACCCCAGUGUCUUCUGUGUAAAGGCUUUCUUACAUGUCACUCAGACAGAGCUAGAGAAGGGUGACUUUGGAUAUCUGCCUUGUUGUUGCUCAAAUUCCAGAGUUGCAGCCUGACAUUGACAGUCGCAUGUCUUAGUUUUGCCCUGCCAGAUCCCAGACUCCAGCACAGAAAUCCUUCAGUAAACCUAAACUAACUGACAGGGAUGUCUCUGUCACAGAAAGCUCACACCGUCUCAUCAUCAGCAUCAACCCUCCCACUGUCAUGAAGCUGCUCAGUUUCUUCUUAACCACUAAUUCCAAACCUGACUUGUAAAGCAGAAGGAAUCUGAGCUAUGUUCAAGUGAUGUGCUGUGCUAAAAAGUUAUCUUUUGCUUGUCAUUUCAUGCAUUACAUUGCAUACUCUCAAAUGAAUGUCUUCUCAGUUGAGCCUUGCCAAGCACUCUUAGUAUCGCAGAGGUUGUUAAAUUCUGUCACCAAAGUGGCACUGACUCCCACACUGUUGAACUGUGUAGGUGUGGGGGGCUUGGAGCAGAAAUUCCAAGACCUUUUCCUAUCUGUCCAUUGAAUGUUUUAUAUUCUGACGCAUUUCCCUUUUGUUUUUGUAAAUGUAUGUAGUAACGGAUUAUAGAUAGGAUUGUUCUGUUGGUUAUAUGAGGAUCAUCAGUUGCUCUUCAGUAGCCGCCUGCCAAUGUGAUGUUUUGAUACUGUGUGCAUUCAUAAUGUGCAUGAGGUGUAUUGAAUUUGGUGUGGCGGUCAUUAGGAUAACCUCAUCUUGUGCUAUAUAGAAGAAGAAGCAUGCCACUCACCUCUAUGAGCAUAAUACUGUAGUUGGUAGACAGUCUGUUAGCACUGUCAGUCAUAAAGUGUUAUUAUUUUGUAUAUCUUUAUUGAAAAUAUGGCUAGCAUUCUGUUGUCCUUUAAGGAAAAGGAAAUGCUGGCCUUGUAACAACGCCCUGGCCUGUACAGCCAUCCUCCCUGGCUGUGUUUCAGCAACGUGCGAAACUCACCAACAGAUCUGCUCUUUGUCUUCUGAAAUGACAGCAGAAUUUUCACGCUUGUUUUAAAUGGUUCAUUUUGCAGUUUGUCGAUGCUCGAGCUUUCUCCUCUGUCAACAGGCUUUCAUAGAAAUGGGCUUUGACUGAGAGAGAGGGCUCCAAGUACAAGUACAUUUUGGUUAUCUGAGUUUAGGGUUGGGGGGUUCAUAAAAGUGACAGUUUACCAUGUAAAAUUUGUAUGUAAGAUACAUAAUAUUAAAACUAAUAAACCAUAA